UGACAUUCUGCACGCGCACCGAUUCGGGUGCAACUCGGAUCGAUCCAUCGAUUACACGCAUCAGCAAUGGCGGCGAAGCGAGCGCUCGUGAUCCUGGCGAAGGGAGCUGAGGAGAUGGAGACCGUCAUCCCGACAGACGUGCUGCGGCGAGCCGGGAUUAAGGUAACGCUGGCCGGGCUGGCGGGGCCCGAGCCGGUGCAGUGCAGCCGUGACGUCGUCAUCUGUCCGGACACCAGCCUGGAGAAGGCAAUGGCCGAGGGUCCCUAUGACGUCGUGGUGCUGCCAGGGGGAAACCUGGGAGCUCAGAAUCUCGCGGAGGUGAGAGGGAGCGACGGGAGUCAAAACAACCGCUUCCAUGCGCAUAAUUUUCGCUUUUUGUCUCUCCCGUUGCAAAACCUUUGCACACCGCACUAGAUA